CUUCAGACGCCGCCGCCACUGCCGCCUCCGCCGCGCCUCCGCCCCCCGUCAUUGAGCCUGAGCCAGUGCCGCCGCCGCCGCCCGCCCGCCCGCCUACCUGCCUGCCUGCCCGCGACCGCCUUCGCUUCCCCGAGCAAUGACCCCACCACCCCCACUCACCCACCCACCCAUUCAUGUCGCAACAGUCGUGCUCGUGCUUGCUUGGCUCGUUCGCUCGCAUAUGACGACAGCUGGGUCACCUGCAGCAACCCCUGCACUGGCACUCCUGUGCUGCUCAUCCCCCCCUACCCCAUCCAUCCAUACAGCCAGCCGAGCCGCCGCCGCCGCCUCCGCCAGCUUCCGUUUGAUCGACAAACAAAGCACGCCUGACGCAUCAUAUCACACACCCCUAACACGCUAGACCACAAUCGCACAGCAUCGCUCGCGUCUUGAUCCAAAGUUCACACCAAACACGCAUCGCAUCACAAAGCUCGAGCACGGUCUCCAUCGUCAAAAGCCGGGCCUCCAAUGCCUGCAAGGACAAGGCGAGCGGCCAACGCGUCCAGCACCAAAGACAUCUCAUCUCUAGCCCCACCAACAUCGUCGUCUUUGGGGAGCUCGACCACAUCACAUUCAAUCACGGCGAAUGUCAACAUGUCAAGUCCGGGCCCAAGUAGGGAGCCUGCAUUUGAGAUGGUUAUUCUCGGAUGUGGGGGAGGUCCCCUGGAGACAGACUGCUCUGGCUACCUGGUCAAGCCUCUGAAGAGCCGGUGGGAAGAUGGAGUCCUCGCGUUGGAAGGCGGUUCGGGCAUCGGAGCUCUGGCCAACCUGCUCAAGACACAAUCUCCUACGAGCCUGUUUCCUACUGUUGUCUUCCCCGAGACACAUACGACGCCAGUUCUACAGGCAGCGUACAUCUUCUCCUUCCUCACGUGCUACCUCAUCACCCAUGCCCAUCUCGAUCAUGCGGCCUCGCUCAUCAUGAUGUCUGGCUCUGUUCCACCUCGAAUCCGCGAACCGUAUCCGAGUGGACACGCCCAUACUCCGUCCUCGGGGACGACGCCGCCGAUCGACAUUUGCCCUCCUCGGCGUAUCCCAGUGUACGCACGACGAGAGACACUCGAUAAGCUCGCCGGGGCGUACGGAGGCGGACUAUGGCCAGAAUUGUCCACUUGGGCGUUAGAGCAAGAUCCUAGCAACGGCGGCAAACGCAAGCGUAGAAGAGUCGAGGAGGACCUGACCGGUGUUGGGCCUAUGUUCUCAACCCAGCUGCACUGGACGUUGCCAGUCAGCACUCUGCUGUUCCCCACGUCACACGGGUGCACUUCGCAAGGAGCCUACCCGUCAUCCGCCGUCUUUGUUCGAUACGACCCAUCUCUCCUCUCCACCGAGCCACAAGGUUCGGCGUCGGCCAGUGCCAGCCAGAGCAAGUUAUCCACACCACCCGACGAGGAGAGUGUCACCGGGGACGGCGUCGGUGGGGCUUCAUCGGGAAGCGAGUUCCUCUUCUUCGGAGACGUGGAGAGCGCUUGGAGAGCGCCGUCCGAGGAACAUAUCGAUAAGAAAAACGGCGAACUUGCGCAUGAGCUCAAUACCGCCAUCUGGCGACGGGCUGCCCAGAGUUUUGCCCAAGGGCGACUGUCGUCGAUCUUUGCUCAAGUGCCAGCGGCUGACCGCGAGCAGAUCGAGUGCUCGUACGAUUCAUCCCGCCCAGCCGCCCUCAUGUAUGGCCACCUGUCGCCGCCAGGCAUUCUGCACGAGUUGCAGACAAUGGCGUCCUUCCUUCCAAAGGGGCCUCACUUGACCGCUGCUGACGUUUAA